GGGAAGCGGGCGGAUGAGGAGAAUGGUGUGGUAAUGGAGCGCGCGCUAUCACCGGGCCACCGUGCGUGCUUGGGACCGCAAAACAUGCUCGUCGGAUGUUCUUACUGCUAAGUAUGUCGGUCACGUCUCGGAUGUAACCACUCGCAGUUGGAGUAUGAUUCACAGACAGGUUAUAUUAUCCCAGGAUCUGUCGAGCUUUGAGUUGGAGAAUCAUAAUGCUGCUGAACCUGUGUAGUGUUAAGAACCUGUACCAGAACCGGCUCCUGGGUCUGGCGGCCAUGGCCUCACCGUCGCGGAGUUCCCAGGGUCGGCGUCGGUGCAAGGACGGCUCGGCCCGGUUCAGCUUCGCCCCUGAGCAGUACCUGAACGGCGGCCAUGACCCGCUGGCUCUCACCCGCUCCACCAGCGACACCGACUUGGUGUCGUCGGACAGCCGCUCCACGCUCAUGGUCAGCACGUCCUUCUAUGCCAUCGGCCAGUCCCAGGACAUGGUCAUCUGCUGGGACAUCAAAGAGGAGGUGGACCCUGGGGACUGGAUCGGCAUGUACCUCAUCGAUGAGGUGUUGUCGGAGAACUUCCUGGACUAUAAGAACCGUGGCGUGAAUGGAUCCCAUAGAGGUCAGAUCGUGUGGAAGAUUGACCUGAACUCCUGCUUUGUCGAAUCUGAAACGAAGAUCUGUUUCAAGUACUACCAUGGAGUGAGUGGGGCACUGCGCGCGACUACCCCCAGCGUCACGGUGAAGAACUGCCCAGUGAUGCUGUUGAAGCCUGUGGCAUGCCCGGAGGUGACCCAGAGUCUGGGCAGCAGGCGCCUCAUCAGUUUCUCCCUGUCAGACGUCCAGGCAGUGGGGCUGAAGAAGGGGAUGUUCUUCAACCCCGACCCCUACCUGAAGAUCUCCAUCCAGCCCGGCAAGCACAGCACCUUCCCUGCGCUGCCCCACCACGGCCAGGAGAAGAGGUCCGGCAUCGUCUGCAACACCAUCAACCCUGUCUGGCAGCGCGAGCGUUUCAACUUUGUGUCGCUGCCCACGGACGUGCUGGAGAUCGAGGUGAAGGACAAGUUUGCCAAGAGUCGGCCAAUCAUCAAGCGUUUCCUGGGCAAGCUGUGUGUGCCAGUGCAGAGACUGCUGGAGAAGCACGCCAUCGGGGAUCGAGUGGUGAGUUACAACUUGGGUCGCCGGCUGCCUACAGACCACGUCAGUGGACAGCUGCAGUUCCGCUUUGAGAUAACAUCCUCUAUCCACCCAGAUGACGAGGAGGCGUCGCUCUGUGCCGAGCCCGAGUGUCCCGUCGUCCUUGACAGCAGGCAGGCCGAGGACAACCAGGAGGGAGACCCGGUCGUCAUCGCUAACGACGACGAGAACCAGUCGGUGGACGAUGCGGCGAGCCUGGGGCCAGACAUGCCUGACCUGCCGGAGGACGGGGCUCCGGAUGGGACAACGGAGCUGGUGAAGGACGAAGAGGAGGAGGAGGAAGCUGACGCUGACGGCGAGCCCGAGGACGAGGCCCCGGAAGUGGGCAUUGAGCGCCAGGAGGAGGCCCCGGAAGUGGGCAUUGAGCGCCAGGAGGAGGCCCCGGAAGUGGGCAUUGAGCGCCAGGAGGAGGCCCCGGAAGUGGGCAUUGAGCGCCAGGAGGAGGCCCCGGAAGUGGGCAUUGAGCGCCAGGAGGGUGGGGCUGACGGAGAGGAGAGUGGGGCAGCGGAGGAGGACAUCACCUCCACACUACAGACAGAGGAGGAGGAGCAGGAGCCAGCGACCGAGGAAGGGGCAGCAGAGGAGCAGGAGGAGCAGGAGGUGGGGGAGGAGGUGGGGGAGGAGGCGGAGGCUGCAGGGGGGAAGGAGGCGGAGAGUGGCGAGAGCUCCCGACCACAGGUGGACGGCGAGGCCGAGGUGGACGGCGAGUCCCGGUGCCUGCGCAUGCGUGCCGUCCUCAAGCGCAAGAACCGGCCGUGCUCGCUGCCCGUGUCCGAGCUGGAGACGGUGAUCGCGUCGUCAUGCGGCGAACCCGAGACGCCCCGCUCACACUACAUCCGCAUCCACCAGCUCCUCCACAGCCUGCCCUCUGCCCACCAACUGCACCGCAGCCAGGACGACGAGGACGACGACGAGGGCGAGGGCGAGGGCGAGGGCCACGGAGCGCUGCUGGACACAGAGACGUCUGAGGACACCACGCUCAAGCCCGUGGAGGCCAAGAGGCGAGGGGAGGAGGCCGGCAGGGUGGACGACGAAGACGAGGAGGAGGAGGAAGAGGGCUCGGAGACGCAGUCGCCCUCCACAGUCCCAGCAUGCCCUGGGCCGUGCUGCAGACGGACGCUCCCGCGCAGCCUGUCCAUCGAGCGCCUGUCCGAACUCAACCAGCUCCUGGAGGGCGAGCGGCCGGCCCCGACCUCGUCCCGCCUGGACAGCGAGGGGGGGGGGCGAGGGGGAGGGAGGGGCCCGAGGGAGAGUGAGUGCGAGCUGUGCGACAACUCCUGCUAUAGCACUUCCUGUUACAGCACUUCCUGUUACAGCACUUCCUGCUACAGCAACUCGACGGGCUACGAGGGCCACCCGCGGGUCUGCAGCCACACGCGCCUCUCCUCGGUGGACAGCGCGCGGCUCUCGGAGAGCACCGUCUUCUCCUCGCAGGAGGACGAGGAGGACGAGGAGGAGAACAGCGCCUUCGAGUCGGCGCCAGACUCCGUCCAGAGCCCCGACGGGCGGGAAGGGGGGGGCGGAGAGAGGAGGCGGGCCGAGAGGGCGGGGUCAAGCCAGUGGGAGGACGAGACGAUGCAGCACAGCGGGGGACACCGAUGCCGCAGAGAGAGGGACGAGUCCCCGGUCGCCGGACCUAGUGGCCGCGCCUCAGGCAAUAGGCCUCCACUGUGCAGUCACCACCCAGUCGCAGUGUUGCCUGCUCUGUGGCCUGACCUCCAGCACUGCCCAGCUAUCGAUGAACCGUUACCGCCAAACUGGGAGGCGCGUAUCGAUAGCCAUGGCCGGGUCUUCUACGUGGACCACGUCAACCGCACCACCACCUGGCAGCAGCCCACCCACGCGGCCAAGUGCACGCGCAUCCAGAGGUCCAGCUCCGUCCAGCAGAUGGAGCAGCUCAACAGACGGUACCAGAACAUCCAGCGGACGAUGGCCACAGAGGAGGACGGCGUCCAGAGGAGAGCGGAGCGGAACAGCAGCACGGACACGGAGACAGAAGCGCCGCCUCAAGCUACCGAGUUGAGAAGGGAGUCUCCUUCCUCCUCUCCAGUCAACCACCAGAAGGUCACCAUGUUGCUGCAGUGUCCAGCGGUCAAGUUUGUCACCCAUCCAGAGUUCUUCACUGUCCUCCACGCCAACUACGGGGCCUACCGGAUGUUCACCAACAGCACCUGUCUGAAGCACAUGAUUCUGAAAAUCCGUCGCGACGCCCGCAACUUUGAGCGGUACCAACACAACAGGGACCUGGUCACCUUCCUCAACAAGUUUGCAGACACACAACUGGAGCUACCCAGGGGCUGGGAGAUCAAAACGGACCCACAGGGCAAGUCAUUUUUUGUGGACCACAACAAUAGAGCGACGACAUUCAUCGACCCCCGGAUCCCCCUGCAGAACGGCCGUCUGCCUAGUCACCUGACCCACCGGCAGCACCUGCAGAGACUACGCAGCUACAGCGCAGGAGAGGCGUCGGAGGUGUCCCGGAGCAGGGGUGCGGCGCUGGUCGUGAGGCCGGGGAACGGCCUGGUGGCCGCCAUCAGGAGUCAGUACCAGCAUGACCCCAUGCCCCUCGCCUAUAAUGACAAGAUCGUGGCGUUCCUGCGGCAGCCCAACGUCUUUGAGAUGCUUCAGGAGCGGCAGCCAAGCCUGGCCCGAAACCACGCUCUCAGGGAGAAGAUCCACUACAUUCGGACGGAGGGGCCCCCUGGGGUGGAGAAGCUGUCCUGUGAUGCGGACCUGGUCAUUCUACUGAGCUUGUUUGAGGAGGACAUCAUGUCCUACAUCCCGGCGCCUCCAUUCCACCCCGGCUUCAGCUUCUCCCCACGCUGUUCGCCCGGCUCCUCCCCCCAGAGCUCCCCAGGACUGCAGCGAGCGCGAGCUCCCGCCCCGUACCGCAGAGACUUUGAGGCCAAGCUGCGCAACUUCUACAGGAAGCUGGAGGCCAAGGGCUAUGGCCAGGGGCCAGGAAAAAUCAAGCUCCUUAUCAGGAGAGGCCAUCUGCUGGAGGGCACCUUUAACCAGGUGAUGGCGUACUCUCGAAAAGAGUUGCAGAGGAACAAGCUGUACAUCACAUUCGUGGGAGAGGAAGGGCUGGACUACAGCGGCCCCUCUCGUGAGUUCUUCUUCCUGCUGUCUCAGGAACUGUUCAACCCGUACUACGGCCUCUUCGAGUACUCCGCCAACGACACCUACACUGUCCAGAUCAGCCCCAUGUCCGCCUUCGUAGAGAACCACCUGGAAUGGUUCCGCUUCAGUGGCCGUAUCCUCGGCCUAGUUCUAAUCCAUCAGUACCUGUUGGACGCCUUCUUCACGCGACCCUUUUACAAAGCUCUACUCAGACUAGCGACUGACCUGAGCGAUCUGGAGUACCUGGACGAGGAGUUUCACCAGAGCCUGCAGUGGAUGAAGGACAACGACAUCACAGACAUCCUGGAUCUGACCUUUACGGUUAAUGAAGAGGUCUUUGGUCAGGUGACGGAGAGGGAGCUGAAACCAGGCGGCUCCAACCUCCAGGUGACGGAAAAGAACAAGAAGGAGUACAUCGAACGCAUGGCCAAAUGGAGGGUGGAGCGCGGGGUGGUGCAGCAGACGGAGGCCAUGGUCCGAGGGUUCUAUGAGGUGGUGGAUUCCCGGCUGGUGUCUGUGUUUGAUGCCCGGGAGCUGGAGUUGGUCAUAGCAGGGACGGCAGAGAUCGACCUGAACGACUGGAGAAGCAACACGGAGUACCGAGGCGGCUAUCAUGACGGCCACAUCGUGAUCCGAUGGUUUUGGGGCGCAGUGGAGCGCUUUAAUAACGAACAGCGCUUGCGUCUGCUGCAGUUCGUCACGGGAACGUCCAGCGUUCCCUACGAAGGCUUUGCUGCACUCCGCGGGAGCAACGGUCUGCGGCGCUUCUGCAUCGAGAAGUGGGGCAAAGCCACCUCACUACCCAGGGCUCACACGUGCUUCAACCGUCUGGACCUCCCUUCCUACCCCUCGUUCACCAUGCUGUACGAAAAGCUUCUGGUUGCGGUGGAGGAGACCAGUACGUUCGGCCUGGAGUGAUGUCCUGCAAGCAGUGGAGGAGACCAGUACGUUCGGCCUGGAGUGAUGUCCUCCAGGCUGGGGGGAUGCAGUGACUGGCAUCUCUUUUUUUAAUGUGAAUAUGAUUUUCUUUUUGACAAAAAAAUGUGUAUUCUCACUUUAUUUUUUACUAAAUCUACUGAAAUAUUCUUACAAAACAAAACAAAAAAACAAAUGGAUCCACAGACAGAGACUGUUGGCUGAAAAUGUCUGCAUGUCAUGUACUAUAAUGGUCAUGUUGUGUAAUUGUCCAUAGUAUGGUGUGGGGUGGAUACAAGGUGGGCUUGUGCAGGUCAAGCUGUGGGCAAUAGUGAUGACCAGGCCCCGGCCUUAGUUAUGCUGUCCAGAAACCUCCGCUAUAAAGCCCUGCAGUUCAGGCCCUAAUUGCCCUAAUUGCCCUCUGAAGUUUGCCUACAAAAAAGCUGCCAUCUUUGAGAUCCGGUAUCUGGCGAUUUUUCCAAUGGGAAAAUAACA